AAUGUGGACUUGACCAAAAACUGGAAAGAAAUCCUAAUCGCCACUAUAAAAACCCUAUCUGAGACCACCUAGGUUUUCAUCAUCUCAUCACCACUCACUCAAUCACAAAUGUCGCUUCCGCCGCGAAACUCCUCCGACAACCGUUCCCCGAAGAGGCAACGCUUCCCUCCUCCUCCGCCUGUCCCCGAAGAGGAGGAAGAAGAAGAAGAAAGCGACGAAAGCGUCGAUGACGACGAGGAAGAAGAUUACAGCGACGAUAGCGCCGAUGAGGAAGGAGACGAAGACGAAGACGAAGAAGACGACGUCCAAGCCGCGGCGGCGGACGCUGGCGUCGGCGUCCCGAUGAUGGCCAGACGUACUGGUGGUACCGCUCUCAGGAAUACGGUGACGGAGGCUCAGUCGAGAAGAUCCGUUAGCAUCAGCAGCAGCAGCCCGAGCUCCUCGUCGUCGCAACUGUCCAUUACGCUGAAAAGCUCCGAUCUCGAUUGUCCUACUUGUCUCGAGCCACUCAAGGGCCCCAUCUAUCAGUGUCGUAACGGGCAUAUAACCUGUUCUGCGUGCCUGAACAAAGUGCAUAAGAAAUGCCCCGCCUGUAGGAUACCAAUCGGUGACAUUAGAUGCAGGGCCAUGGAGAGGGUCAUCGAAUCAUCUGUCGUCCCCUGCUGUAACGCCGUUUACGGGUGUAAAGAAACCUCGUCGUAUGGGAACGGAUCGGCACACGAGGAGGUGUGCGUGUACGUCCGUUGCUUUUGCCCUUUACCGAACUGCAGCUACACUGGCGCAUACAAGGAUCUUCAAACCCACGCUCUCAAUACGCACUCUUGGGAUGUGGAGAACCUCAUCCCGUUUGAGUUUGACUAUGCUCAGAUUUUUAGCAUGAACCUGGCUAAGAGUAAGACGGCUCUUUUUCAGGAAGAGAAAGAGGGUGAUUUGAUCGUGGUGCAGGCUGUCAAAGGGACGCACGGUGGUGUUUGUGUGACCGCGAGCCAUAUCGCGCCUUCGACUCUUGGAUUACGCAACCUCUCGUGCAGUUUGGCUAAACUCAAUGCGUAUACAACACUGAGGAUCGGGUUGAUGGUGAAGAAAAUCCAGAAAGUGAGAGAGCCAGAAGAGCCCAAAGAGGACUUCUUGUUUAUUCCGGAUUAUAUGUUGAGUGAUGAUCACUUGAAGAUGCAGAUUUGCGUUGGAAAUGAAUUGAGUUAUGCUCAUAUCUAAGAAAAGAUGUUAUGAUGAUUGAUCAUCUUUUUUUUUCUUAGAAGCUUAUUUAUCCUCUUAGAGUUAAGAAUCUUGUUUCUAAAGGUGUUGAUGCU